GAACUGUCAAAACGUCGCUCACCUCACACAAAACCAAAACAUUCGCCUCUCGCGUGCACGCGAAAAAGUCCGAAAAAAUAUGGCUUCGCGAAUUAUUCAAACGUUAACCGGAGAAAAUCUACUCCGCCGAUCGGUCACCCUCCAGUGCUUCGUCCGACAUGGCCAUCGACUGCGGGGGAAACCACCGGGUGUAGCCCGCACGCUGGAACAACGCCUCGCCUGUGAACGCGCCGUAGAUCCGGAACUGGCCAAGAAGGUCAACAUCGGAUUUCCACACCUGAAACCGGCACGAUCGGAGCAGCUGAAGGAGCGAUUGGCACAUCUGAAGGCGCAGCGCGCCAAUCCGGAGCUGGAAAAGGCAUCCCGCGCCAAGACGCUUACCGUUGACCCGGAGCUGGUCAAACAGGACUGGCUCACAACAAGCGGCCCAUUCCACAUCAAACGGCUGGCCGAGCACUACGGGGUGUUUGAACAUCUGUACGGGUCAGCAUACUUCGUACCGCGAGUACACUUGCAAAUCGCCUUCAACAAUGGGGAUGUGGCCAGCCCAGUGUAUUACGGCAAUGUGCUAAAGCCGAGCGAAGCCUCGGCGGAACCAACGGUUCAGUUCGAAGCCAGUUUCAACUUCAGGGGUACUGCCGGUGAGGCUCAAGUCGGGGACAGUUGGUGGACUUUGGUGCUGACCAAUCCAGAUGGGCACUUCAGCGAACACGACAAGGAGUACUGCCAUUGGUUUGUAGCGAACAUUCCCAACGGUCAGGUGGAAAAGGGCGAGAGGAUCGUUCCGUACAUGCAGCCAAUUCCACCCAAAGGAACCGGAUUCCAUCGGCACGUUUUUGUACUGUACAAGCAAGAGAAGAAACUCGAUCUUAGCGAGUACAAAGUUGACGGAGAGAAGACUACGGAUUUGGAGGCAAGGACGUUCAAAACGUUAGAUUUCUACCGGAAAUAUCAGGACGAUAUGACGCCCGCCGGGUUGGCAUUUUUCCAGUCCGAUUGGGACACGAGUUUGGUGAACUUCUACCGGGAUGUGCUGAAAAUGAAACAUCCCGUCUUCGAGUACGACUUCCCUGCACCCUACAUCCGGGACCAGGAGUGGUUCCCACUGCGGAAGCCCUUCAAUCUCUACAUGGACAAGUACCGCGAUCCGCUGCAAAUCAACAAAGAAUACCUCGCCCGCAAGCUAGCCAAAACGCAUCCCUUCGAUGGCCCCGAGGCGCCACUACGUUUCCCCAACGCACAUCCGGUACGGGACGUGCCUUCCUGGCAGCGGACUGAAAUCAAGAAAGAUCGACGCGGCUGGGGCAGGAUCAACGACAUAUAAACUAGUCGAAUGUUAGGCAGAGAAAGAAAUAAAAUAAAACACUGUUAAAAAUCUUA